AUGUCUACAUCCAUUGACCAGCGCAAAUUCCUCGCGGAUGCUGCUGAGUCGCUGAGCCUAUCCAGUCCUUCGACGGCAGCUUAUCUGCUGGCGACACACACCCAGAUCCUCUACGAGGAGUCCAAACCGUUGACCUCUCGCCAGACAGAACAUUACUGCGGUGCCUGUGGCAGCAUUCGACAGGCCCAAUGGACUCAAAAGACUGAGAUCAAGCCGAGAAAGACAGCCGCCGGGUCUGGUGGUGCGACCGUCUACCGGUGCCUGCGCUGCCGUCGGCGCACGGUCAGUUCGCAUAAGAAAGCAGCGCCGACCAAGCCAAUUCCUCGCGCGACCGCAUCUCCUCAUCUUCCAGUCACCACGCCCGUCGGAGCAUCAUCACCGCAGACAAGCCGCGCAACAUCCGACUCGGCAGAUCCGCCAUCCAGCAACGCCGCCGACAACGUCAGCAGCAAGAAACGAGCCAAGGCCCGCAAGCACGGUGGACUCCAGGCCUUACUGGCCUCCAAACAACGCUCCCAAGCAUCCUCCUCGCUGGACCUGCUCGACUUUCUGAAUCAGGCCUGA